GGACCCAUAGCAAAUGAAAGUUUGCGCUGCACCAUCAUGGCAUUCAAAGGCUUGAAACGUUUCUUUUCAAUCGGAAACAAGAAGGACAAGAAGAAGAGUAGAUCGGGCGCAAUACACCAUUCUACUCCCCCACUCCAAUGCAUCUUCGAAACUCGUCCAAAUACUAUGACCCACCCCGCCGACGAUUCGGCUGAAGUAGCAGCCAACCAACUGUUGCGGUCAUCAUCCGCACGCUAUGCUGUCGUCAGAGAGUACGAUUAUAACACGCUUCCCCCUCUUCCCCACCCCAUUAACCACAUCUUGCAGACCCCCGCCAGUUCGACAGUCAGCUUAUCUAGUGCAUCAAGCAGCGUUACAAGUACUACGCGUGGAUCAUACACCGUCACCGUCCACGGACGCGAGCGCCUUGGGCACACAGAAUUCCCCAAUGCGAAUCGGGACCUGAACGAAGACAGUCGAAGCAAUCAGCUACUAGGUUUACGCUCCGAUCCAUCUGUCGCAAGUCUGCUUGACAUGUAUGACGAACAUGGGCGGCUCCCCGCGCAUACAUUCUCCAAUUCACCACCAAAGCAUGGGCGGGCUCAAGCUAAGCGGGGCGGAUCGACAUUACGCGAGCUGCUGGGUAAUCCGUCUCCCAGUCUGGCGUCUGGCAGUGACGGGAGUUCGCGAGAAGGAGACAUCUCUUGGGCAGAGCGGUUCCUUGCGGAGUCAGAAAGCAGCGCAUCAUCGUCACCGUCGCUAGCAAGCAUCGUGACGCCCGACUUUGAUGCAAGUCUGAACCAAACGACGGUCCUUCACCAGUACAACGAUUCCUUCGGGACAGACGCGUCAUCGAUGCUAGUUGAAGUGGCUGGAAUGUCAUCCACAGAAGUUCAAGCGAGUGAUAUGUCGCACACACCUCCUCGUUCUUUGAAGGGCCCCAGCCCCUACAUCACUCUGGACCCUAAGACACCGCAACGAGCGUCUCAAGUUUUCGGUUUCCUGAACCAAAAGAAAAGACAAUCGCGGAUGCUAGAAGACGAGAGGCCUCUGGCGGUUGUCCCCGACAAGUCAGAGCCGCCCUCUGGCGAAAUCCACUCGACUCGUCCUAUGACACCGACCGAGCUGAAGUGUCAGCCGAAAGAACCGAAUGACGUUCACGUCCUCAUGGACAGGGGACCAACCAGAGUCAUUCUCACUGCCCCGACCCCCCAAUACAACAAGACAACGCCAAGAGGCCCACGAGGACCUCGUUCACAUUCUCGACCGACACGACAGCUGUCCACGCGAGACGCAUAUACGCAACUGCCUACGCGCCGGCAUCUUUCACGGUCAAAUUCCGUGGGGAGUACUCCGAGCAAUGCUGACAAGAAACGCCCGUCUAUUUUGGCGGUCUUCGAGAAAGAGAAUCAUUUGACCGCGAGACAAGAGAUUCCCAAGACUCCGGUCCGAACCAGUUCCAUCUCGCGCCCAUAUAAACGAACACCCUCAGUUAGGGCACCUGCAUCAGUGUCUCCAGCGGCUUCAGUCGACUUGUCCUUUAUAGGGCAGCAAGUGAUGGGAGAUUUGCGCAAACAACGGGCUCGUGCACGGGACUACGAGCGCAAGGGACAGGGCUAUAUUUGACCAGCCGGAUCUGGUAAGGCCGUCUAUUUUUUCGUGUUCUGUUUAUAGCACUAGCCACGAUUGUGUUUUGUUUGCGCAUCCUGUGUAGCAUCUAUUUGUUCGCUUUCAGUUUGACGGUUACCGUGAUCCCCUGAUUCCACUCCUUGACUCCAACCUUUCUUUUCCUCCGCCCUCGCGGCAAAAUGAGCUACAAUCCACUGCAGAGCAGUCAUAAUCACCAGGUGUACCAGAAUGAGGACCCUGCCUUCUACCAGUCGACUGGCUAUAUAACUCCUGCUCCUGCUAAACCAAAGCGCACGAGCAAAUGGAUCAAAGUUGGGAUCCCUAUUCUUGUCAUUCUCAUCGCUGUUGGAGUCGUCGUUGGCAUCCUUGUGUCUCGUCACAAAUCUGGCUCGGCUUCCUCGACAUCCUCCUCAUCCUCCUCCUCUGCUGCUGCCGCCGCGAGUGCCAGCGCCAAGCUAGCAGCCGGUGUCCUCGCCACCGCAACGAACAGCUUGUUCAUGAUACCUGUAUACCCCUCCUCGACCAACACGGCAUCAUACACCACUCCCACCUUCAAUGCCGCCGCUGCUGGAUGGCCCGCUGACUCUUUUGCUCCCGCCACUCCUUCCGUUCUUUCUGUCCGCCCGGACCGACCGAGGUUGAUUGCGCCCAAGUACAAGUGGGAUGCCCUUCCCGCACUGAUCGCCAAAGACCCGUAUUUGGCAAGCUGGAAUCACAGCAUCUUCCUCAAUGCUUCCCAAUAUGACGCCCUCCCUGCUGUCCCGUAUUUCAUGGACGGAAGUAGCGGUAUCCUUGAUGUUUGUCGUAUGAUCAAGCAGCGUGUCAAGGCGUUUUCGUAUGUGUAUCGCAUGACAAACAACUCUCACUGGGUGGAUCGGACUUGGGAAGAGCUUCAAAAUGCUGCCGGAAACGGCACCAAGCCCUGGGGCCCUACUGUCGACCCAUGGAACUCUGCGCAUUUCUUGGAUACAGCCGAGCUGUCUGCUGCGUUCGGUAUUGCCUAUGACUGGCUGUAUGAUAUGUGGACGGACGACCAGAAGUCGAAGAUUCGGACCUCCCUCAUCCAGUACGGGUUGGAGCCUGGUGUGCAGGGGUACACGAACAGCUCUGUAUACACUGGCUGGUGGAAUGCUGUCGAUGGCAACUGGAAUUGUGUCUGCAACAACGGUCUCACCAUGGCCGCCCUUGCCAUUCUCGGGGAUGACACCACCGGUCACGCCGAGCAGCUGCUUGGGUUGACUGUGAACAACGCUAAAGCGCACUGUGCGUUUGCUGUGGCCAACGAUGGCACGUGGAGCGAAACCAACGACUACUGGUACUUUGGCAACACCGGGCACUCUGAGAUGGCAGCGUCUCUCAUCAGCGCUACCGGCUCUGACUAUGGAUUGACGACGGUGAACCCCGACUUUUGGAAGACGGGAAUGUUCCACAUGUAUGGGACCGGUGCGACCACUGUCUUCAACUACGGCGACACGGGUCCCAACAAGUUCACCGCGACGGCUAACUCGCUGAUCUUCUACGCGAAUGUGUUCAACCAGCCUCAGUAUGCUCUGUUCCAGCGUGAUUAUCCGGAUGCAGCAGAUCCUUGGAACAUGUUCUGGUACAACCCUCAGAUUCAGGGCGUAUUCUGGGAUGGACUUGCGCUCGACCACUUCUUCGACAACUCGACGGAUCAAUGGAUGUCGAUGCGCAGCAGCUGGACCGAUCCCAAUGCUGUCUUCGUCGGUGUCAAGGCUGGUACGAUUCUCAACCAUCAGACUCACAACGACUUGGACACCGGAACAUUCGUUCUCGAUGCUCUUGGAACGCGAUGGGCCGGCGAGCUCGGCGAUGGGGACUACAACUCUCCUGGAUACUUCAGCACCGAUGGUCAGUCAAUGACCUAUCCGAAGUUGAUAUGAUCUCAUCCCUUGCAUCAAACAGCGCAGGACUCUCAGCGCUGGAUGUAUUACCGAAAGAUGACUGAGGGCCAGAACACCAUCUUUGUCGGAUCCUCGAACCAGGAUGUGAAUGCGAAGCCCACUGUGCAAUACGGAACCACCAACGAGACACAAGGACCCAGCACUGCCUACACUGUUCCCAGCACUUCGACUGCUUUCUUCACGACAGAUAUGACGACCGCUUACUUCAAUGCAACAUCCAUGAAGCGGGGUAUUCGUUUGCUGAAUGGCCGCAAGCAAGUCCUUCUCCAGGACGAGAUCACCGCCAGCGCGAGUGUCCAAUGGCGUAUGCACACUAAUGCGACCGUGACGACAUCCGGAACGACGGCGUCGCUGGCUCUAGAUGGCAAGACCAUGGAUGUGUCUUUGCUGAACGCGCCGUCUGGGGCAACUUUCUCCACAGCUCAAGCGGUCCGACUACCAACUGAUGUCACGCCCCCGAUCCCAGACCAGGCCAACGACGGAGUGACUGUUCUAGUUAUCACACUGCCCGCUGGCACAUACAACCUCCAGGUUCUCUUUAGUCCCCAGUGGAACGACGGAACCAAGCUCGUGACGCCUCCGUCCGUGCCGUUGGACAGCUGGUCCCUUACGAGUCAUAACUAGACGCGGUGCAGGCCGUUUCUGUAUUUUUAUUGGAUAUAUUUGGACAAUUCAGCCAUAUCCUCGCUCGCUUGUACGGCUUUGACAAGAUCUAGCUUCACCACGUUCGUUGAUUAUUUAUAUGGUACCAUUUCGAUAAUCAUUUGUCGCCACAAAAUUGAGUCAGAUCACUGGGCUG